CUUCUCUCACCACCUAAUCUACAAUUAUUCCUCCCUCUCUUCCCUCCUCCGAAGGGUCUCUUCUUCCCAUUACAUAUAAUUCUCUCCUCUGUGAUUGAGUGAUGCCGUGAUUGCAUUUAUUCUUCUUCUUCUAGUCCAUUCUUUUACUUCCUUUCUUUUCAUUGCCAUUCCUUUCCUCCCCGUCGCUCUGCGUAUGCAACGACUUGUAUUCGCCUCCCGGCUCUUCUAUUAGACCAACAAAUACACCAUGCCCAAAAACCGACCUGCGACCUCGGGUUAUGCCCGUCUGGCCCAGGAAGAAGAAGAUAGAGCCAAUGAUUUGUACGAUUAUUCAGAUGACGAUGACCUCCACGACCCGCUCAGUACGACCUCUCACUCCGCUCCCCGAUAUGCUCCUAUCUCGUCUCGCGCGCAAAUGGAGGCGUCCAUUUUGUCAUCCCCUCCUGAACACCGUAGGAGACCAAGCGGAUACACACGCCGAGGCCGGAGGAAUUCUGGAGUAGACAUCAAGGCCAUUAAUGCGCGCCUCGAGCGGUGGGCCGAAGAAAUCGCCUCCAAAUUCAAAAUCAACAAGGUCAAAGGGAAGACUUUGGAAGAAGAAAAGCUUGAAAUCUACCAUUCCGUUUUUCAGCCUCCGAAUGGCGUCAGACCAAUCUCCGUCGAAGAGCUUGAGUCAGACGAAAUCGAAGGUGCGGCGCGAAGGGCUCGGGAGGAGUUUGAGGAAGUCGUAGAGAGUGUUCGUUCAGCCAUACGGAUGGGAAUGCAACCUCGGAUGAUCUCUCAGGGAAGCUCUGGUAGUUAUUUUGCGCGCAAUGGUGAAGGCAAAGUUGUGGGGGUUUUCAAACCAAAAGACGAGGAGCCCUAUGCGUCGCGCAAUCCCAAGUGGACGAAAUGGAUUCAUCGAAAUUUAUUCCCAUGUUUCUUCGGUCGAGCGUGCCUGAUACCCAACUUGUCCUAUGUCUCCGAAGCAGCUGCCUAUGUACUCGACUCUCGUUUACGUACCAAUCUCGUCCCUUACACUGAUAUUGUGUGGCUAUCUUCUAAGUCAUUUUACUACGACUUCUGGGACCGGAGGAAGGCAUGGAUGGGCAAGAAGCCCCUCCCUCCUAAGGCAGGCAGCUUUCAAGUCUUUCUUAAAGGGUAUAAGGAUGCGAAUCUCUUUUUGCGCGACCAUCCCUGGCCAGAUCAGACCAAUACUGGCUUUCGCGCGGAAGAUGCUCCCAAGCGCAAGAAGCGUCCUUGGAACGAGGCCUGCAGACCUUCCGGAGUGCAGUCGGAUGAUGAAGAUGAGGAAUUCGAGAACGGCUAUCUACAAACCCCGUCACCAAGGGAGCAGAGUAGGGAGCGACGGUUCUACUGGACUGAGGGUCUCAAGCAGUCAUUUCGCGAGGAGUUGGAGAAAUUGGUGAUUUUGGACUACAUUAUGCGCAAUACUGACCGUGGGUUGGAUAAUUGGAUGAUCAAGAUUGAUUGGAACACUGAAGAGGUGUCUAUCGUCGCUGAUCCACCGAAGCCUAACGGGGCUCAGCACGACGAUGACGAUGAACACCUACCUCCCGCUCGUCCUGUUUCUGUCAACACAGAGCGCACAGGCACCUCUCCCCUACCUUAUAGGCGACAUGAGGCGAUGGUCGCAGUGAGUCGCACCGGCACUCCUCUUAACUCAUCGGAACCCCAAGCGUCUAUUCAAAUCGGAGCCAUUGAUAACAGUUUAUCCUGGCCGUGGAAACAUCCUGAUGCUUGGCGAAGCUUUCCGUUCGGCUGGCUCUUCCUUCCAGUGUCCUUGAUUGGACAGCCCUUUUCUCAAAAGACUCGGGAUCAUUUCUUACCCCUUUUAACCUCGACCGCCUGGUGGAGUGGUACUCAGAUGGCUCUUCGGCGCGUAUUUGCCCAGGAUGACGACUUCAAAGAGAGCAUGUUUGCGAGACAGGUUGCAGUUAUGAAGGGGCAGGCUUGGAAUGUUGUGGAGACAUUGAAGCAGCCCGACCAUGGGCCCCUAGAACUCACGAGAAGAACUCGCGUGUGCGUCUGGGACGAUCUGGUAGAUGUUCCUGUUGCAAUCCCUCUUCGUGGACCAUCGACGGAAGCCCAAAAACGCAAGGUGAAGAGCUACGAGAACUACGAUUAUGACCCAGACAAUGAAGAGAUGGAUAUUGGAGCAUCCAUGUCGCUGGGUACGGGUCCUGAGAAUGAUCUCCUGGGCCUGGGAUUAUCCCCGAAUGAGUUGCCCAACCCCAACCGGUUUGAAUUGUCCCGCGGCCGAUCUUACGAGCCUAGCGCAAGAAGAGCUCCAAACGGCAGUCCUGCCACUAUUGGUGAUUACCGGGUUGAUCAAGAUAGUAUUGAUGGCUUAAUUCAAGGGCGAAGUGUAGACCAAAGUUGGCCAUCGCUUCCCCCUCGGCCCGGGAACAAACAUCAAAAACACAGUUCGAUAUCCAGUGGGCGCGGUCAAGCGCAGCUGAUCUGGAGUAGCGACGAUCUCGAAGGAGAUCUUGGAUAUGCCGCUGCUGAGGGGAUGGAAGGGAACCAGCGUAAGGUGAUCGUGGAGCGAUUGGAAGCCGUGAAGAGCAAGAAUCCAGUCUUCACCUGGUGCUGAUGAUAUUCCCUGUACUCCUCUCGUCUCUUGUCUUUUCUUUUAGCCUUGAAGGUUUCAUUUCUUCUGUUCAUCUGUCAUCAUGAUCCUGAUAUCAAUUUUUUAAUUUAGCGUGUUAUGGCAAACGGCAUGAGGAGUCCUUGUUGCUGCAGGGUGCAGCCUUGGUUGGGAAGAAUUCACCUCCAUGUUUGUAUAUAGACUUGAUAUCGCCUCCCCCCCGUAAUUUAUCUUUCCACUUGAUAUAGAUGCAUUCGACGGCGUUAGAAUAUGCAAUCGAUAUCACAAUAUAUAUUCGAAUCGAAUACUCG